UCCGAUUUCAAAGUCCUUGAGCAAAGCGCAUACAUAGUAAAAUAGAGAAUUUUCUGGGCUUCAAAAUAAGCUACAAAUAAGUCUUUCGAAAAUAUGCCCACAUGGGUCAAUAGUCGAAAUACUUGGCCGAUACACAGGCCGCCGCUAUGUCACUGGAACUGCCGGUCACUUUUUCCUAUGAAACUAACGAUGGUCCGUAACCAUUCAUAUAUCAUUCGAUGCACUUUGCAAAGUUCUACAGGUUGUGUUCAUAGGAAACUUAACAAAGCUUGCCAGUGACUUUUGUGUAUUAAAUACUUCGCCACUUAAACCUACAGUGGGUCGAAAAUUAUUCGUCCACCUUUAUUUUCAUUUUUCUCGUCAACCAUAAUAGCUAUAACAAAUUUGAAAAAAGAUUUAAACGGCUGAAAGAAUUUUUGAUAUGACGUGGUGUACUGAAAGAUUCUAUCAAAACUUCUGAAAUCAGGGUCUCUGGAAAACCCACAUCUCAAAAAACCAAGUCCCUGAGUUCAAUCGAGAAAUUCUUUGCAAGUAACUCCACCGUAUAGAGCAAACCAUUCUGAAGAAAACGAAACGUCUCCGAGCUCUGUGCGGUACGUUUUCAUGAAACAGCAUUUGAUUUACGGAAGCUCCCGUACCGCAAACAUACGCCCUUAGGGCUUUCUUUAAAUCGAAUCAGUUCCAGUGACAUAGCGGCGGCCUGUGUAUCUGCCAAGUAUUUCGACUAUUGACCCAUGUGGGCAUAUUUUCGAAAGACUUAUUUGUAGCUUAUUUUGAAGCCCAGAAAAUUCUCUAUUUUACUAUGUAUGCGCUUUGCUCAAGGACUUUGAAAUCGGACGAGAAAUUUGCGGAAAAACGUAAAUGGCUUUUGUUGAACUUGUGGCGAAAACUGAAACGUAAUUUUUUUUCAAAGACACCAGAAGGAUUUUUUGAAAAUGGGAAGUGUUUGGAAGUGAAAAGGGAUGCAUUUCAGAUCAUUCCCACUCAAAAUCAUAUUGGGCGAUUUUCUAGCAGAAACCGUUUCCCGUCCUUUAUGAAUCAAAAUAGUAGAUUCUGGCAGGGUGUCUGCUAUAUGCGGAUCAGCUCCUGGUCCUUUCCAUGUGCAAACAUCUGCAAAGUAACAGUUCAAGAUUUCAAUUUUUUUUCCUGUUUCAACCACAACUUGAUCCCUAUUAUCUAACAAAGCUGGUAUUGUAGUAGACCUUUCUCUACCUAGUUUAUAUUUAAUUAAUCUACAUCAAUUCUUCGAAGAAGCACAGACUUUGUCAUUAAUUCUUUUAAAAUAAUUUUCUUUAGCAUAUUCACAUGCUUCUUUAAACUUUUUCGCUUUUUCAUGAUAUAGCUGUAGAUGAUAUGUUGAAUUGUUUCUUUUACGAUACAAUUUUAAUUUCUUUUUGUAAAGGACUCUUAAUUCAUCGUUAAACCAGGCUUUAUCUCGUAAUUCUAUCAUUAUUUCCUUACUUGGAACGUAGGUUUUAAUAUGCUCAAGUAAAAUUUCUUCAAAAACUUGCACUUUCUCGUUAAGACUAUUGUAAUUUAUCAAGAGCCGUUCUACGGGAAUAUCUAAAAAUCUUGCAAUCACUUGUUCCCAAUUCAUUCAUUGCAGAGGUACGUGACAGUGUCUUCUGCCGCUCUUGCACGAUGUUCCUUGCAGACCUGCACAGGUCUGCUCGUGAUAAUUUUGUCUGCUGGAACUGAAUGUGCAGGCUUGUAUGGCAGGCUCUGCCAUAUUAAUCUUUUUAUAGUGAAAAAACUAAACAAAUAGAGUUUUUAGGUCAGAUAGAUCCAUUUAGGCUAUAUAAUAAAAUAUAAAAGUAUUAGCGAAAUAUAGACUUCGUGCAAAACAGACAUUCACGUGUUUCUUUCUUCCUUUUAUCUAUUUAGGAUGUAUUUGCCUGUACAUAAAGUCAAUGUUCAUACAACUGAUAUAAGUUUUAUUCUUUCAGAAUACAAGCAGAAAAGAAUGAAAACUAUUCUAUUUAGACGUGCAACAUCCAGAGCCGCAAAUAGGAGCAGAACAUUAGGGGGCUGUAAAAGAAAAUUUCUCUUUGAGAUAGUGUGAAAUUGAUAAAAAAGGUUUUUGUGCGAGGAAUAACGGAUAAAAUAACAACAGCUUUUUCAGUUAUUCAGCGGAUGCGCACCCUCCCGUUAUCUGCGCCCUGGCAAGAUCGCCAUAAUCUAUUUCGUGAACUGCAAAUAUUAAGAUUGAAUGGUUCUUUUUCGCCAGCCGCCAAUUUUCCCGUCAAAAAUAUAAAAAAGGAGAAGGACAAAUUUGAUUGAUCAAUUUUCUGAAAUCUAGUUCGUAGAAAAAUCGAUCAAUCAAAAUAGAGAAAUCGGUCUGCAAUUGAAAGGUUGACUACGUCUGUCGCUAAAUUAGCAUCUUUUCUCAUUGGUUUGUACCAUUUCAAUGAGAAAGUAUAACGACACUCGUUUUUUUCCUUUCUCUUAAGAAUUUCUACUUUAGAUAUGUUAUCAGUGCCUGUUAUAUGCAAUACUAUUUCCCAGCGUACUGUACCAUAAUAAGUGUAGAGUUACAUAAAAGGAAAUGAGCACACUUCUUGUGAUAUAAAGGAGGAUUUUCUGCAUGAGAAACGUAAUGGAAAAUGGUUGUUUCCGGCUAGCCGUCCAAAAUAGCCGUCAAUUGACGGCUAGCAGAAAUUUUGAAAAAGGGUAGCGGUCAGAUCAAAAUCUAUCUAAACACGACAAAACGGCUGCCGAAAUAAAGAGAUUUUCGAAACAAAACAGCAAUGAAGCUGUUUUAAGCCAUAAAACUGUGGAAAUUAAAAGGGUUAGAUUGAUUUUGACCUAAAACCGGAACUAUAACAGACAUACUUAUCAAACCGUUGAUGAUUUUUUGGGAUCGCAAGAAAGGCAAAGAAUUCUUUUUCCUGCUGUCUGUAUCAUUUCAAAGAUUGAAUUCGUGCAAAUGAGUAAACAGUAGUGAAACUCAAAAAGAAAAAUUAGAAAUAAAAAUAAAUAUAAAUAGAUAUAUAUAUAAAGAAAAACUUAAAAUUCGAAAUUUAUUUCGUCGGUCAUUCUGAGUAUCAAAAGGCAGUGUUCUUUCUUCCAGAAUGCACUAAUCUCAGCAGUUUUCUGAUGUACAGACUCAAUUAAACAUGUUAAUUGUGUGAAAAUCUCAGAAUAGAAAUCCACAGAAGUGAGAAAUGAAUGAAAAGGUUGAUGUCUGACUGAGUGUAAAUGAUUUUCCUUGAUCGCAGUUCUUCAAAAGUGUAUAUUUAAUAGAGAUGGAAAAACAUUUUUUCUUUAAGGCAUAGUGUGACUAGAAGGGAUUAGUAUUAAACUGCACUUUGGAAAAGCAUAAAUUAGAAAAACGUGCUCUACUCAUAAUACAUCAAUCUUAAAAGCAGUUUCAUUGAUGUAAUUUUUCUUUUCUCAAACGCAAUAGGGGUUUUUCUAUCACUAUUAUAUUAAAAAAACUAAGAAGAAAAGCAAGUUACAUCAGUUUCUGUUUUCAAACAUGUCGUCGUCGUCCUCAGCUGAAGAUACAAUAAAUUUCGCCUCUACUCGAGUCUAUCUCUACGGUUAUCUCUGCAUAAUUAUUACCGGUCUCUCUGGCAACUCUAUCAAUAUUUUACUAUUUUCAUCGAAAAAUUACCGUAGUAAUCCAUGUUCUUUGUACCUCUUGACAACAGAGAUCACUAACUGUUCUGCUAUUUUAUUAUUUCUUCUACCGAGUGUUGUUGAUUUCGUUAGUGGUAAAAAUGGUACCGAAACUUAUCUGUGGUGGUGCAAGUUAAUGAAUUAUCUCGGUGAUGUUUGUACUACCCUCUCGAUUAUAACACUAUGUCUUGCAGCCAUCGAUCGUUACCAUUUAACGUCACGUACUGCAUUACGGCGACAAUGGAGUUCAAUGAAGGUGGCAAAAAUUUCGAUUUUAACUACAAUCGUUGUAUCUCUGCUGAUACCAGUUCCUGACUUACUCUACUGGUACAUCGACAGUAGUUUUGGUCAAACAGUGUGCAUCGUUGUCUCCCCAGUCUACUAUUUGUAUCUUACGUACUUCCUUGGUUUUGUUGUUUCCACAUUUGUGCCCAUUAUUCUCCUGACAGUAUUCGGUGUGCUCACCUAUCGAAAUGUGAAAAGUCUUCGACAUGUUAACCCAACUGCGACGAUAAUAGACGCUUCGAACACUACUGCAGCUGCAUUCGCUGUUUCGACGAUCGAAAAGGAGAAGAAAACGGUCAUCACCAAACAACGUAUCGACGGACAACUUUCGACAAUGUUAAUCUUACAAAUCCUAUGCUUCUGUGUUGCUACUAUUCCCCCGUGUGUAAAAUCUAUUUAUUCAGCAGUAACAGUGAACUACGUGAAAAGUGAUAUGAGUUUAGCAAUUGAAGGCCUGUUUACAGCAGUGACCUAUGUUAUCAGCACUACGGUUUUCUGUAGUAGCUUCUAUGUUUAUUACCUAUCGUCGUCAACCUAUCGACAAAAUGUGAAGAAAAUGUUGUUAAAGAAAAGACAGAUACGAAUCUGGCCUGCACAUAGCACGUAAACGAUAAUCCGUUGUACUUACGGCACGUUCACCUAGUCAUGUUUGUUAAUAUUCACUGUUGUAUCUAUUUUGGUCAAAGGAAAAGCGGUCUGCUCCCUCUACAUCCUACUGAUUGUAAACUCUUCUAUCUGAACUUUUCUCGGCUUAUUGCAUAACAUGGAUUGUGUUUUUUCAUUAGCCAUCUCUUUGCUCGGAUAUCGCUAUUGUUUACCUCAAAAUUUUUUAAUGCAAUGUGCUUUUUUAUUACCAUAGAAAAACCCUUCACACUUUAUAUGCAUUUCAGCGUGCUGAUCAAGACUGAGAAUGAUGCCAAAGCCAAGUUCUGAUUUAUCAUCAACAUCAUUCGAUAAUGUACCAAAUGACACCAUUGCUCAUGUAUGGUUUUAUAUUUUCCACUAAAUCUACUUUCUUUUUAAAUGUUUCUGACAAAAGCUUAGAUAAAAAAAUGAAAAGAAAAAAGAAAGAGAAUUGUACACCACAGAAACCUACUCUACAGCAACGAAUGACGUGUUAAAAUAGAAUCCGUGUUCCAGAAAAAGUCAUUUCUUUCUCAGUUACAUCGGUGUAUUCUAUUUUCACAGCAAGUGAAAUUUCCAAUGCUUUUUUAUUGUUUUGUUCUACUUCCAUUGCAUAAAAAAAGGCAGUUAUUGAAUGAAUUUUUCACAAAACUGAAGUUUAUUAAGAACGAUAAAAGAAAAACCCGUUUUCCUUGUCAAUGUAAUUCAAUAUGUAAUUAUGAUAUCCCGUUUUUAUUUAUAUAUCUAUAUAUGCGAUUCACUGAUAAAAAAUAAUUUAAGACUAUAAGGAUAUAUAACUAAUAUAAAAAUUUUUUUUUUAAAAUUAUUAAAAUUCUAAUCAAUAUAAAAAACACUGGACUAGUUUCGAUCUUCUAAAGAUACUCUUCAGUUUGUGUUAUUAAAAUAAAAAUGUAAAAGAAGUGAAGAAAAUUCGAUACAUAUAAAUGUGCAUGUGGGAGUGGGAAAAGAUAAAAAAUAUAAACUAUUCUUCAUUUGACUGGGCCUGAUCGUCACUCUAUCAUGUCGAUCAUAACCCAUUAUACGAUAUUAUCAACCAAAUUACCCAUUUUUUACAAACACGGUUAACAAAUAAAUACAUUACCACUAAACAGUACGAGAAACUAUUGUCAGUGCGUAGAAAAUGCCAAUUAGCACAUCUUUAUUAUCUACCGAAAGCCCACAAACAAGGAACACCGUUACGCCCAAUUUGUGCCUCUAUCAGUUCACCAACUGCACCAUUGUCACAGUUUUUAGAUAAUUUACUUACACCAUUAUUUAAGCAAUCAACACCAACAUCAAUUGAAAGUGGAAUAUAUGUAGUACAACAAUUAAAAUCAUAUUCACGAUCUGCACGAUUUACACCGAAGACAUUAUUUAUCACUUUCGACAUCAUCGAUUUAUAUACUAUGCUAAAUCAAAGCCGAACAAUAUUUUAUUUGAGAAGAUUCUUGCAAGGAGACCAAUUAACAGCAUUAGACGGAUUGAUUAAUCUGGUUUUGAAAAAUAACUACUUUUACUAUGACAAUAAUUACUACCAUCAAAUUAAAGGAGGCGCAAUGGGAUCAUCAUUAACAUUAUCAUUAGCAAAUAUUUACAUGAAAUAUUGGGAAAAAGAUUUAGUCGAAUAUCAACAGUCACAAAAUGAGUUAUAUUUUCGUUUUAUCGAUAAUUCAUUUUUAACAUCUAAUGAUACAGAAGAAGAUUUUAAGAAUAAUUUAGAUAGAUAUUCAUCAUCAUUAUCAAUACUCAAUGAAGAAAGAACACAUAUUGAAAUAUCAUUAUUAUUAAAUGGAUACCCAUUAGAAUUUAUUAAACAACAAUAUAGCAAAAUUUUAGCAACAUAUAAUAUGAAUCAAACAGACAUGUUUAUUCGAACGCUAGGGACCCACCCACAAAACACAGAACAUGUUGAUCCCAAUAUUCCAAUCGAUAGCCCUUGA